UUUAUUAGCGAGGUUAUAAACAAGAUACUUUUAUUAGUAUAUUUAAAUCUUAAUGUUUUUCCAAGUUAACGUUUUAAAUAAUUAAAAAACAAAUACUGUACAUAAUCUUUUAUAUAAUUUAUAAUCUAAGUGUUUCAACCUAUACGUCGAGUCGCUUUGCCAUGCUUUUUUAGGUACGUUCCGAGUGUUUUGUAUUUCGACCGAAGAAAGAUGGACGUACAAGCAACCUCGUCCUCAAUGGAAUUGGACUUUCCCCUGACUCCUACAAUGGAUCCGAAUUUGUCUGACCCGAACAAGAGGAGAAGCAGUUCGAGGUCGAUUAAGCGAAGGAGGUUUGACGAUGAGCUUGUCGAGUACAGCCUCCCGACCAAGGACUCGACGGAACCGGUCGCCAAGAAACCUCCCAGGCAGCGUACGCUCUCUCAGUCCAACCCACUCUUUGAAACUGCAAGCACGAGUGUCGUGAGCAACUCGCCCAUCGACAAAAGAAAAUUGUUGCCCAAAACAGGCUCGAAAAAGUCGAAAAAGAGCAAAUUGCCGAUACAUUCCUCAACCAAAGACUUAGGCAGGUGGAAACCCACUGAUGACCUAGCUUUAAUCACUGCUGUCAUUCAGUCAAACGAUCUUAAUAUCGUCCAUCGUGGGAUUAAAUUUUCUUGCAAGUUCACACUCCAGGAAAUUCAACACAGAUGGUAUGCACUUUUGUAUGAGCCGACGAUAUCUAAACUGGCCGUUCAAGCUAUGAGGAACCUGCACCCGGAUGUAAUAGCAAACAUUGAGAGUAAAACAUUAUACAGCAAGGACGAACAACAGUUACUCGCUGCUGUGAAAUCUUCUCCAGCGCCGACAAUAACUACCUUUGAGGAGCUGUUGAACAAAAAUAGUCUCGUGUUCCACAGGGCUCGCACGGCCAAGGGGCUCCUGAGCCAAUGGCACAUUAUGAAACAGUACCAUUUACUUGAUGAGCAGACAGUGCCAAAAGCAAUGGGCGAGAACAAAGCGACUGUGCCUUUUUCAGAACUUGAAGAAAAUAUGAACGAUAUGGAACUGACAGGGAAAACGGAUGAAGUCCUUGAGGAGGAACUGUCUAUGGCUGACAGGAGAGAAAAGAAAGAAAUUCGGACACUUGAAGCUGAAGUUAUGAGAUGGCAGGUUUUAGUCGACACUGUAUCAGGCAUAACACCACAAGAAUUUGACAACCAUACGCUUGCUGUUCUUAAAGGGCGGCUCGUUAGAUAUCUAAUGAGAUCUAGACAGAUCACCAUCGGAAGAUGUGCCAAAGAUUAUAGUGUGGAUGUCGAUCUAACAUUGGAAGGGCCAGCAACCAAGGUGUCGAGACAGCAGGGGACCAUUAGGCUUCGGAACAACGGCGACUUUUUUAUAAUGAAUGAAGGAAAACGGCCUAUUUAUGUUGACGGGAGACCUAUCUUAGCUGGGAACAAAUACAGGCUAAAUGACAAUUCUGUAGUAGAGAUUGCCGGUUUGAGAUUUGUAUUCCUGAUAAACAUGGAACUCAUAUCAGUGAUAAGGCAGGAGGCGGCAAAAAUGAACAUCGCCUCUUAAUCAGCCUCAGUUUUAUAGCGAAAUGUGUUUUAGGAUAAAAUAAAUGUAUAACACGCCAAAUUCAAAUAAAUACUAUUACUAUAUUUUAUUACUCUUCUGAA